AUGGAUUCUGAAAUUAUUGAGCCUAUCCAAGUCAACAAGGAAUACCAAAAUGAGCAGAUUGAGCUAUACAAUGAGAAAUACCUUGGCGAUGACUUUGAACUCAGGAACGUCGAGAAGAUACUUGGGAGAAGGAUCAGAGUCUUCUCUGAUAAUGGUGACAUUAAACGCUUCAAGCGCGAGCCAAAGUCUUACAAUAAAGAAUUCGAGAUGAUGUAUAAGGAAUUCAGCCAAAAACCCAAAUUUGCGGUUGAGUAUCUGGUCAAAUGGGAAGGCCUUGAAUACCUAGAGUCAACUUGGGAACCAGAGAAAAUUAUGGACAAGCUUCAACACCUUAAAGAUUCUAUUGGCAUGAAAGCUUGCAUGAAGCAAAAGAAUCUCAAGAGAACAUUCAGAAAGUACGAUAAAGAGAUGUAUGUUGAGUAUGAACUUGAGCAGAAAAAGCUCAACAUCAGAGAAGGAUCUCUGAAGAACAAUGAUAUCCCGGUCAAAGUCAUCGGAAUCAGAAGAAGUAAAGGAGAGAUUUAUGUGAAGGUGAACUGGAAGAGCAACUCUGGAGAAGCUGUCGAAAACUCUCUUGUAAAGAGCGAAUUGCUUACAGAGUACUAUCCUCAUAUUCUCUGUGAUUACUAUGAAUCCCACUUGAAGUUUAUGAAAACCAAAAGUAGAUUCCCUCGUAACAAGAAUAUUCAUUAAUUUUAUC